AUGGUAAAGUGUUUUGUUUCCGGGUGUCGAAACCGCACAGGGGAUUAUCACCGACGAACACAGAAGACAUUCUUUAGCUUCCCCUUAGACCCGCUGCGAGUCAAGGUACGAAAUUCAAAUCAGGAUAACACGGUUAGACAUUAAUCCAGGUCUACACUGUUAGACGAUCUUUAAUCCAGGUCUACACUGUACAGAUUUUGAUUAGGGUCUACACUGUAAUGCAGACUUUAAUUCAGGUCUACACUAUAAUACAGGCUUUAAUCAAGGUCUGCACUUUAAUACAGACUUUAAUUCUGGUCUACACUGUAAUACAGACUUUAAUCCAGAUCUACACUGUAAAGCAGACUUUAAUCCAGGUCUACACUGUAAUACAGUCUUUGAUCCAGGUCUACACUGUAAUACAGACUUUAAUACAGGUCUACACAGUAAUACAGACUUUGAUACAGGUCUACACUGUAAUACAGACUUUAAUACAGGUCUACACAGUAAUACAGACUUUGAUACAGGUCUACACUGUUAUACAGACUUUAAUCCAGAUCUGCACUGUAAUACAGACUUUUAUCCUGGUCUACACUCAAUUACUGACUCUAAUCCAGAUCUGCACAGUUAGACAGAUUUUAAUCCACUUUACAGGCCAAAUGCUACUCUUCGUUUGUGUGAAAGAUUAAUCAGAGGCUCACUCUCAGAUAUCAACAUGUUGACCCUGUUAAUUCAAGGUUUCUAAAACUGCAUCACACUGAAAGCUUCUUAUUAAUUAAUCAAUAAUUUAAUAGUAACAAAAAAAUAAAAUAGUCAUUAUAAUGAUGACAAUAAUAAUAAUAAUAAUAAUAAUAAUAAUAAUAAUAAUAAUAAUAAUAAUAAUUAUGAUUAUUAUUGAUUUGAUUCAGUUGUUACAGAAGAGGUUAGUGAAACAAAUUCCUGAUCCAAAACCACAACACUGGACACGUGUCUGGAUUACAUAAUCCCAGAGAGACUCUUUCCAACACAGUUUUAGAUUUCUGUCGUUAUGAUCGUUAAACAGCAUUUCACUAUUUCCAUCUUUAGACCAUGAAAGACCAGGUCCUGAUCCAGAACCACAGUAAUUUUGAGUAGUCUGAGUCUCGUCUUCUGGUUUGACUGAAGUCUUCAGUUUUCUGGUUUUACCUGGUUUAACAACACUGCUGACUCUCUGCAGGUGUGGCUGGCAGCCCUGAAGGAGUCGGACAGGUUGGGCUCAACAAAGGACCAGUUAGUCUGCGAAGACCACUUCCUGCCAAGGAACAGCUCUGAAAAUGGGGUAGAAAGUUUCCCCAUUCCCAUCAUGUCCCCCAACCUGGACGGGUCCAUGGGUACCAUCAGCUCCUGGGAAGACCAGCCUUUUGAGGAAGAGGAUCAGUGGGAAACUGGGAGUGAUGAGAGUGAUGAGAGUGAGGAUACUGAUAAAAGUGGAGAUGAUGAUCCUGCACCAGAGCCUAGUGCAGAGGAUCCACCUUUUGCACUUGAUCCAUUUCAUAACAUGUUUCCACCAGCAUGGGUGAGGAGGAGUUUUUCUGUUAUCAUGUUUCUUUGUGAAGUUCAUCAGUAAAUCAAACACAUGCUCCUGUUUCUUUGCACCAUAAAGGAGGUCUUAUUCAGGUCCUUCUGAGCCAGAUAAGAUUCACUCUAGACCCUGGACCACUUCACUGAAGGUUGUGGGACUGAUUUAGGGUCUUUGUAGGAAAACUAGAAAAUUUCCUCUGAGAAAUUUUGAAAAGAUACUGCCAUGGUGUAUACAUUAUAAUCUGAUUCUUCAGGAAUUUUUGAUAAGUAAUACUAGUAGCAUUGUGAUAUUAUAUACAAGAAGCACACCUACUACAGACAUUUCUUUUUUAAGUAUUUACACAACAAAAGACCAUGAAAAAAUGAUGAGAAGGGUGAAGGCUCAUCUAACAGUUGAGCAGGAGGACAAUGAUGAUCUUCCAUGUUGUCUGUAGCAAAUACACACAGACACACACCAAAAAAACACAGGUGUAAGACACCAACAUGAGUGAAGUCACAGUCUUAAGUACUCUACUCAUUAGUAAAUUCCUCUUAUUGGCGUCUGUUAGGUUGCUGUCUUUAGUUGUUGCAUUUUAAAUCAUACCGUAGGGUGACAAAAGUCUUGUGAUUAUGUCGCUACAGUCACAUGUUUCUUUGCAUGUUUGGAUUUUGUCCCCUGACAGAGCAGGCUGACACGUGCACGCUGCAGACAGCUGAGCAUGUGGUGAGGCUGUGACACCAUGACUGAAAUAAACAUGAUAAAAAAACCAUCAGAAUCCUUCUUUCCUGUAAAUUUGCAGGUCCUUAAUUUGAAUGUGGGAUCCUCUAUAAGCUCUGAGGGUCACCUGUGUAAAUAAACAAUAAAAAGUUUAACCUGAUCUGUUUCUGCUCUCCAUGCUUUAGUAUCAGGAAAUGAGGAAGAGGCCAGAGGGAAAAAACAGAGAGAUACUGCCAUGGAGGUAAAAAUGCUUUCCUCUCUUUUCUCUAUGGCAGACUCAGCUUGAUGUUUGAUGUCUUCAGAUGUCUCUUAACAAGCAGUGAGUUUAGUAAUGAAACCCUGAAGUGUUUCCAGAGUGUUUUCACUCGGUGUGAAGUUUCUGUGUCUCUCUCUCUUCAGCCCUGAGAAGAAACGGAUCAAAAAGGACAAACCUGGUGAGUGUUUUUCUCCUCUGGUUAAAUGAUGUCUCUGAAGUUUUGUUGUUUGGAUGUAAAGCUGUUAAUGGGAAGUUUUUCAGCUCAGCCACACACACCUGUGCUGUUUCAAUUAAGGACACCAUUAAGAGCUUCAGCCUUCUAAUGACUGACCACCAUCUACUCAGACUGCCGGGACACAAAGAUCCUGUUUGUUUCUGCUUCUCCUGUAAUGAAAGCCCCUGACUGCAGUAAAAGUGCCAUGGUUGUGUCAUUAGUGGAGAUCAAAAUCUGUGUAAUAAUAUAUUAACAGAUAUUUCUUUUUUUUCAUUUGGAAUAAUUCAGACUUAGAGAUGAUUAGACAAGUAGUUUUCAGUGUAAUGGAGAUUUUUCAUGGUUUAAUUAAAAGACUAAAUCGAAGAAAUGAAAAAAUAAGACCCUGAAGUUUCUUCUCAUUUUAAAAUGCAGUUACACAUUUAUAUUUGCUUUCUUAUACUCAAUUUACAGUUUCUUCAUUUUCAACAGCUGGAAAGGAAGCUGUGAUUUUGUUUGAUGAUAGACCUUUUCCUUUAGUGCCUUCAGCUCUGCUCAGUAUUUGUGGUUUGAAAAGUGAUGCGGCUUUCAUACACUGAGUCCGGAUGUUUUCCAGGUAAUUUCAGGACAUAUAGGUCCUCACAGUGAGCUGCGUCUGUAACAGAGAAGCUCAGUUCCCUGUGAACGUGGUCUACUCCGGCCCUCAUACUGAUGAUGCUUUUGUUCAAACAUUAGAAAUAAAACUUGGUGAAGGCUCAGAGUUGUUUUUGCAGGUUGUGACUGUGACUGUGGUUUUUAAUCAGCUGUACCCCUGGCUCAGCGGUUGAUGAAGAUACUGCAGUCACGUCCGGGCAUCUUUCUGAACAUCUCAAAGUUAAACACGACACUACAGUCCCGCAGAUGUCGAACCUCGGAGAUCUGCAGAAUCCUCGAAGAAGUCAAUCUAGCGGAGAGAAGGGCGAGGAGAAGGAUCAGAUGGAUGUGAGUAACUAGGAAAGGGUGUCGUCAGCUUUAUCAUGUCAUGAUAAUAUCAUAUAUAUAAUCUCACUUCCUGUCCUCUCUUCAGAGGAGAGAAGAGCUCCAUCCCCCCAGCCCUUACCCUUCAGACAGAGGUGGAGGCCCUGAAACAGGUGGAGGACACGCUGGACAGGCUCAUCAGGAGCUGCUCUGAGCAUUUCUACGAUGUGACCAACGACAGAAGAAACGCUGAAUAUCCUUCAGAUCAGCUCAGAGGAGCAUCAGAGAUUUUAACCAACCUCAGUCCUCCUCAUAUACGCCUCAGAAUUCUUUUAUUACAACUGAGAAACGUCAUAAAACUGUUUGUUUACACCAAGCCUCUGUCAUCUUUAUUAAAAAAAAUUCUAAAAUGA